CUCCUCGCCGCCGCCCCAGCCCUCGCGCGGCGCCAAGCCGGCCGGCACCAUGGCCCUGGAGCAGCUGUGUCCGGUCCUCAAAGUGUUGUUAGUUACACUCCUGGUAGUAGAAGGGAUUGCGGUGGCCCAAAAGACCCAAGAUGGACAGAAUAUUGGAAUCAAACAUGUUCCUGCAACACAGUGUGGCAUUUGGGUUCGAACCAGCAACGGAGGUCACUUUGCGUCCCCAAAUUAUCCGGACUCAUAUCCACCAAACAAGGAAUGUAUCUAUAUUUUGGAAGCUGCUCCACGGCAAAGAAUAGAGUUGACCUUUGAUGAACAUUAUUAUAUAGAACCAUCAUUUGAAUGCCGGUUUGAUCACUUGGAAGUUCGAGAUGGGCCAUUUGGUUUCUCUCCGCUUAUAGAUCGUUACUGUGGCAUGAAAAGCCCCCCGUUAAUUAGAUCCACGGGGAGAUUCAUGUGGAUUAAGUUCAGUUCUGAUGAAGAACUAGAAGGACUGGGUUUUCGAGCAAAAUAUUCAUUUAUUCCAGAUCCAGACUUCACUUACCUAGGAGGUAUUUUAAAUCCCAUCCCAGAUUGCCAGUUUGAGCUCUCAGGAGCUGAUGGAAUAGUGCGUUCUAGUCAGGUAGAACAAGAAGAAAAAACAAAACCUGGCCAAGCCGUUGAUUGCAUAUGGACAAUUAAAGCUACCCCAAAAGCUAAGAUUUAUUUGAGGUUCCUAGAUUACCAAAUGGAGCACUCAAAUGAAUGCAAAAGAAACUUCGUGGCAGUCUAUGAUGGAAGCAGUUCUAUUGAAAACCUGAAAGCCAAGUUUUGCAGCACCGUGGCCAAUGAUGUGAUGCUUAAAACAGGAGUUGGAGUAAUCCGGAUGUGGGCAGACGAGGGCAGCCGGCUCAGCAGGUUUAGGAUGCUGUUUACAUCCUUUGUGGAACCUCCCUGCACAGGCACCACUUUUUUCUGCCACAGUAACAUGUGCAUCAAUAAUUCUUUAGUCUGCAACGGUGUCCAGAACUGCGCAUACCCUUGGGAUGAAAACCACUGUAAAGAGAAGAAAAAAGCAGGACUAUUUGAACAAAUCACUAAAACUCAUGGGACAAUUAUUGGCAUUACAUCAGGGAUUGUCUUGGUCCUCCUCAUUAUUUCUAUUUUAGUACAAGUGAAACAGCCUCGAAAAAAGGUCAUGGCUUGCAAAACUGCUUUUAAUAAAACUGGCUUCCAAGAGGUGUUUGAUCCUCCUCAUUACGAGCUGUUUUCACUAAGGGACAAGGAGAUGUCUGCAGACCUGGCUGACCUGUCGGAAGAGCUGGACAGCUACCAGAAGAUGCGACGCUCGUCCACUGCCUCGCGAUGCAUUCACGACCAUCACUGUGGGUCGCAAGCGUCCAGCACCAAACAGAGCAGGACCAACCUCAGUUCCAUGGAGCUUCCUUUCCGCAAUGAUUUUGCACAACCACAGCCGAUGAAGACGUUUAAUAGCACAUUCAAAAAGAGUAGCUACACUUUCAAACAGGCACACGAGUGCCCUGAACAGGCCCUAGAAGACAGAGUAAUGGAGGAGAUUCCCUGUGAAAUUUACGUCAGGGGACGAGAAGAUUCUGCACAGGCCUCUAUAUCCAUCGAUUUCUAGUCUUCUGCUAAAAGUGAUGUUGCUCUGAGGUGUGUAUGUGUGCAGCCACACCCACCAUGCUGCUCGCAGCAGCCAGUCCUUUUCUCCCGUCAGGAUAAGAUGUGCAUUUACUGUUAACCUGUUGUAAUGGUGAAGUUUUAAUGAUCUCUGGCAGUCUGUAUAUGUUAAACCGACCAAGGCACUUCCUUCGUGCAGUAAAAACAUCACCUAGUGCGUGGUGUCAUAUAACCAAGCGGUAGUUGAAUAGUUUUUCAGGAGGAGAGCAGUGGUGGUAAGCAGGCUCUCAGGCAGCCUGUUAGUUUCAGCAGCAGGAGUAUUGUUCCUAAUCAAUACAGUUCUAUCCAUGCGAUCCACAGUAAACUUAAAACGAAGGGUUUUCUUUACAUUUUACAUUCCUUUUAUUUUUUUUUUCCUCUAAAUUUGUUGUACAGACCAGUAAUUUUACCAUUUGUGUUUCUUACAUAAAUACAAGUGGUUGCUGCACCAUGCAUAUUUCAAUAUACACAUUUGUUCUUGAAUUUAUCAAAUUAUGGCUAGUUAUUGUGGUGUCAGUUAAGGUCCAGAGUUAUAUUUCAUCUGUCUGUCCUGUCUUCACCAAUUUCUAUUCUGCUGCCUCUUAAUCACCAAAUUCUUGGUCUUUGUUUUGUCUGAGAAGAUGAUAUGAUUUAUCACCUUUUAAUCGUGUUUUGUCCUAGUUAUAUUAUACUGAAAAUUUUCAUAACCUUGGAAUGUGUGCACCAUUGCCAGUUAUAAGUAGAAGCAUAAGAGAGAAACUUUUAGCAAGUUUCUGAAAUUUCCCACAUGCAAUGUCAUUGACUUCAGCAAGCAGCCCACUGCCACCGAGUUCAGUCCAGCCUGACUCAUCUUAGCGACCCUGUACGACAGAGCAGAACCACCCCAUAGGGUUUCUGACGCAGUAAUCCUUAUGGAAGCAGACUGCCACAUCUUUCUCCCAUGGAGUGGCUGGUGGGUUUGAAUCGCCAACUUUUUGGUUAGCAGCCAGGUGCUUUAAACACUAUGCCACCAUGGCUGCCUCCAGUAAAGCAGAGAGUCAUCCAGUUCGCUUGGAGAGAGGCCUGUGAUGAUGUUUAUUUGCAAUUUUAUCAUCUUCAGAUCUGUGUUGCUUAUUAAGUUUUGUAAAAAGAGAUCACUUAGCUCCGUUUAGUGUUGGCUUAUCUCAUAGUAUAUGGUAACCAAGAUUUGUAUGAGAAUUAAAAGGAAAUUCUUGAAAAGCUGUGUAAGCCUUCAGAUUGCUUCUUACUUGGGACGGACAUUUUUCUAGCUCUUAUCAAGAAUAACAACUUUCACUUUUUUUUAAGCAGCACUUUUGACCUUGUUUUUUUAUGGUAUCUAAAACAAUAAUUUAUAAACAUAAUAUAAAAGCUCAUUGUGUUUUUUUAGACUUUUGAUAUUAUUUGAUACUGUACAAACUUUAUUAAAUCAAGAUUGAAGACCUACAUGACGGAUUUCUGUCAUUGUUCACGUUAGCAGCUUUGUGUACAGGUCAUGCUGUGAUGGAACUGUAGACUAUAAUUUAUUGUAAAGACUUGGUAAUGUGUACAUGAGCCUUUUGUUGCCUUUUAGUAUUGUAUUUAGUUUGUGAGAAAUUUUUCACUAUGAUAUUUAUUGCUCUAAAUCACAAGUCCUAUAUUAAAAUACACAUUGUUACACGAUCCUUCAAUCAUGGUAUUUAUAGCACUGAGAUUUUGGAUCUUAAGAUAUGUAUGGCAAAGAAUCCAUGUUUAAAAUUAUAACUGAUACAGUCAUGCCAUUUAAAAGAGGACAGUGAUUGUUUUCUAUAUUUUUGAUAGUAAAUUCUCAGUUUCGCUGAAUUUUAUUAUUUUAAAUAUUACAUAGAUAUAUUCUCAGAUUAGUGAAAAUUGUGACAAAUAUAAAAUACUCUCUCAAAAUGAGCUUAGAUCACUUUAAAAAAAAAAAAAGUAUAAUACCAAGGAAAUAUGAAAACCUACAACAGUAUACCCAUGACUUAAUUAAAAAAAAAAAAAUUCCUGUCUUAAAAAUAUAACUUCGAAAGGUAAAAACACAAUGUAGUAUUCAAUGAACUGACACCAGAGCCAGGUUAGAUGGCUAAGUCCUUUCGCUAUGUUGAAUAGGCUUUCUAGUAGGUGACUUAUACCAACAAACAUUUGACUGGCAUAGUAAAUACUUAAUAAUUUAACUGUGAUCUCAUUCAU